AUGGCGACAGAGAAACAGAGCUUCAAUAAGCAAGCAUGGUUUUUCACUUCUGGCUUACCCAGUGACAUCGAAAUCGAAGUUGAUGAUAUGAUAUUUCAUCUUCAUAAGAUUCCUCUAAUGUCCAAGAGCAAAAGACUUCACCAGCUGAUUACAGAGCAUGAGCAGAGUGACGAAAAGAGAAAACGCCAUGAGCAAGAGGAAGAAGAAAACGAUGAUACUCAUAUAAGGCUUGAGAACUUUCCCGGAGGUUCGGAGAUUUUCGAGAUGGUGGUAAAGAUAUGCUACGCCGUCAAGGUCGACCUCUCGGCUUCCACAGCUAUUCCACUCCGUUGCGCCGCCGAGGAACUCGAAAUGACGGAGGAGUACUCAUCGGAUAAUCUAGUUUCAAAGACUGAGAAGUUUCUUUCACACUCCGUCUUCAACAGCAUACGAGAAUCAAUCAAAGCGCUAAAAGCUUGCGAAUCGGUCUCUCUUAUAGCCGACUCGAUCAGUAUAACAGAAAAGUGCAUUGAAUCAAUCGUCUUCAGAGCUUCCUCAUCGGAUCCGUCGUUGUUCUUCGGUUGGCCGAUUAACAACGGCGGUAUCUUCGCCGCCGUCGAUACGAAACUGAAGAAGAAACAGAGCAAGGAUUCGAAAUCGGAGCUGUGGUACGACGAUCUAGCGGAAUUGAGCUUCCCGAUUUUCCGACGUUUGAUCCUAGCUAUGAAAUUGGAAGAUCUAAGCCCGGAGAUUGUAGAGAGUUCUCUAAUUCACUACGCGAAGAAGCACAUUCCCGGAAUUUCGUCGCGGUCGUCUUCCUCCACCAUAGCCUCCGAGAAUCAACAGAGAGAGUUGUUGGAGACGAUAAUCUCCGAUCUUCCGUUAGUUAACUCUUCCUCCAUAACCGCAACGACGGAAUCUCUCUUCGGCUUAUUACGAUCCGCAAUCAUCCUCAAUACCUCCGAUGAUUGCCGGAAUUUGCUGGAGAGAAAAAUUGGAUCGCAGCUGGAGAAAGCCACGCUCGACGAUUUGCUCAUCCCAAGUUACUCGUACCUCAACGAAACGUUAUACGAUAUCGAUCUGGUGGAGAGACUUCUACGCCACUUUCUAAAAAACGACGCCGUAUCAUCAUCAUCGUUGACGGUGGUUGGGAAAUUGAUCGACGGAGUUCUCGGAGAAAUCGCAGCGGACGCUAAUCUCAAACCGGGAAAAUUCUACAAUCUCGCGGUUUUGCUCCCGGAUCAAGCUCGGGUCUACGAUGAUGGACUGUACAGAGCAAUCGACGUAUAUCUCAAGGUGCAUCCAUUGAUAACGGAGGCAGAGAAAGAGAAGAUAUGUAGUGUGAUGGACAGCCAAAAGCUAACGCUUGAAGGGUGCACACACGCCGCGGGAAACGAGCGUCUGCCGAUACGAACCGUCGUACAAGUCCUGUUCUUCGAGCAACUACAGCUCCGGCAAGAACUCGCCCGGACUUUACCAACGGUUAUGGCAGUUACAUUGGAGGAGGAAAAUGGUGGUGAAAUGGCGACAGAAGGACAGGUGGAGUUUGGGAGAUGGGAGAAAACGGUGAGGGAGAAUCAGGUGCUACGCUUGGAUAUGGAUACGAUGAGGAAACGUGUGUACCAGCUAGAGAGAGAAUGCUCGUACUUGAAGAAAGUGAUGGUGAAGAUUAACAAGGAAAGUUCGUCGGAGGUGAAAGAGCGGCCGAGGAAGUGGUCACUUAGUAGGAAGUUGGGAUGCAAAUUCAAGAUACAGGUCUGUGAUUCGCUCGAGGCAACCAUGGUCGAUCGAAAAUGUCGACGUUAA